AUUGCUAAAAUUGCACAGAAAAACACCCAUCACUCAGGGGGAGGCAUACAAACGUAGCGCAUACCGCCUUAUACGUGCGAAAAUACCCCUUUCGAAUUUAAAAAAAAAUAUAUGAAUGGCAAAGAAGCCAUGUGAUGUGACCAGAUAAAGCGAACGCAUUUUUAUCUUCUUUACUCCAUCUUAAAAAAUCGAAAUAAACUCCGGGCAAACAAUUAGCAAAUUUAUUUUUGCGAAAAAGAAAAAAAAACAUUUCAUAUUUAAUUUAUAUUUUACAUCACACUGGAGUUUAUAUCACCCCUCGCGCUUUUUUAUUUAUAAGAAAUACCCUUUCAAUUCGUAUAUUUUUUUUUUUUUACAUCCCAUUUCAUGUUUUUUUAAGAUUGCGCAUAAUCUGUUGCUCUGUGAUUUUAUACUUUAAAGCCGCGCGCGAGGAAUUUUUCUUUUCCGAGGAACUUUUGCUUCCCCCUCCCCUCCAGGGUUAUCUCAUUUAUAAAUAUUUUUUUUUUUUUUUUUACUGAAAAAUAUGGCUAUCGCACUUAAAAAUGUUGGUAGAAUAAAAAAACAUGGAAGGAAAAACCUGGUGUCGAAAAACCCGUACCUGAGGUUGCUCGUGAAGCUAUACCGUUUUCUUGCCAGAAGAACGAACGCCAAUUUUAACAAAAUAAUUGCCAAAAGACUUAUCAUGCCAAAGCGCUUCAGACCCCCCUUGUCGCUCUCCAAGUUGCAUCGCCACAUGGCCAGCUACGAGGACAGCGUAGCAGUCGUCGUUGGAUCAAUAACGGAUGAUAAGAGGCUGUACGAUUGCAAAAAGUUAAAAGUGUGCGCUCUCAGGUUUACCGAAACGGCUAGAAAACGAAUUUUGGAUGCCGGGGGAGAAUGCCUAACGUUCGAUCAGCUAGCUUUGAAAUACCCCACGGGACAGAAGUGUAUACUUUUAAGAGGUCCCACCAAGGCCAGAACGGCUGAGAAGCAUUUCGGUAAAGCCCCAGGCAGACCUAAAUCGAAGGCCAGACCAUACGUCCGCUCCAAGGGAAGAAAAUUUGAAAAGGCACGAGGAAGAAGAAAGUCUAGAGCGUACAAGAAAUGAUCCAUUCAUUAGUCCCUUUGUGAGUAAAACUGCAAGUAGAGCAUUCCAUUUUUCUGUGAUGUACAUAUAUGUAAUUGUGUGUAUGCGUCUACAUAUGUAUGCGUUGUUAUGUGUGCACAUACGCAUGCGUUGUUAUGUGAGCACAUACGCAAGCGUUCCUGUGUGCCCACAUGCAUAACGGCCCACAUAUGUAUAGUAUAUAUACACCUUUUUUUAAUGCAUUUACCAUCCCAUUUUCCUACGUUAUGUAACUUUUUUACACUUUUAACUUCAUAAUUCAAUUGAAAAAAUUAUGUAUAAG